AUGGCUGAUCAACACAGAAGCGAGCAAUUUUUCAACCCAGCUCUUGAGGAAAACGUCACCUUUGUUCGUCCUGCAUAUUUUAUCAUAGCAGGCUUUAUUGGCAUACCUUACAUUAACUACUACUUUGUCUUUCUGUUUUUUGUUUAUAUUCUUUCAGUGGUGGGAAAUACAACAGUGCUGACUGUAAUAGUUCUGGACCAUACUCUGAGAGGUCCUAAGUAUGUUGCAGUUUUCAGUCUUGCACUUACUGACAUUUUAAGCAGCACAGCUGUGGUACCAAAAUGUCUUGACAUCUUUAUGUUUAACCAUUACUAUAUUUCCUACAAUGAAUGCUUGACCUUCAUGUUUGUCUGCUUCACACUGCUUGCAAUGCAAUGUUUUAACCUGGUGGCAAUGUCUUAUGAUAGACUGAUGGCUAUCAUGUACCCACUACACUACCAGGUAAAGGUGACCCAAAAGUUCAUGAUAAAUUUGAUUGUUUUUUUGUGGCUCUUUGCCAUUACUGUUAAUCUCACCAUAGUUGGCCUUAUCACAAGACUGUCAUUCUGUAAGUCUGUGGUUAUUAACAGCUAUUUCUGUGACCAUGGCCCUGUGUACCGACUUGGGUGUAAUGACGUUUCCCCCAGUCGUGUCAUCGGUGUUUUGACAACAGUUAUCAUGCUUUGGGUUCCCCUAGCAUUUAUUUUAGCAACUUACUGCUGUAUUGCUUAUGCUUUGUUAAAACUUUCCACAGUGCAGGAACGAAAAAAGGCUUUUAAGACCUGCUCAGGACAUCUUUCAUUAGUGACAAUUUAUUUUCUCCCCAUUAGUCUUGUUUUUGGAUUUGGAAGCAAAAUGCAUCCUAAUGCAAGGAUCAUAAAUUUAUCUCUGACUACUAUAAUCCCACCAAUGUUGAAUCCCAUUAUUUAUGUUUUUCAGACACAAGAAAUAAAACAAUCUUUUAACAAGCUUGUUAGGAAAAGAAGACAAUCCAAAAUUGCAGGGUAAAUUUAAAUCUUUCUAGCAGCUAGCAAUUGUAUCACUGGAAUAAAAGUGAACCAUAUUGUUUCUCUAGCCACAGAAAGAAAGCAGAGAAGGCAAAACAACA